CAGGUUGUGAUUUCAAAACUAAACAAUCAACACAGAUCAAAUAUAUAAGGCGAAAUGGAGGAUAUAAAGUCUGAGGAGACGAAUGUGGCGGAGCAGAAAGAUGAGGAGAAUAAGAUCUGUCUAGAGAAAAUGGAGGAAGCCAAACUGAAGGCCAAAUAUCCACACCUGGGUAAUAAACCCGGAGGGUCCGAUCUCCUCAGAAAACGACUGCAGAAGGGGCCAAAGUACUUUGACUCGGGUGACUACAACAUGGCGAAGGCCAAAAUCAAGAACAAGCAGCUUCCAGCAGCGCAGACGGAGAAGGCCGAGAUCACCGGAGACCAUAUCCCCACUCCUCAGGACCUCCCGCAGAGGAAAACCUCUCUGGUGGCCAGCAAACUGGCUGGCUGAUACCUGCUGCUGUCCUUCCCUCCACACUCCCACUUCCUGUCUCUUCAUCCAUAUUUCUCUCUGAUCCUGCAUUCCUGCCCUCGUCCUCUCUCUUGUUUCCUGUCCUCUGAAAACACACUGAAUAUUCAAGGGUUGCAGAUGUUCCAGAGCUGUACUGCCGCACUGUGAGAUGGGCUGGGUCGUGGCUCCAAAGGGGGGUGAAGUUCUCAAAGGUCUUCUGGUAUUUUUCAUGUGUUGUAGUGUGUAGUCGAAAGUGUACAUAUUUACUAGUGAGGGCAAACAGCAUUUUAGAAGAUGUUUUGCAUUUUAAAAACUGUAACCAUUCCUGAAUUGCCCACUGCUUAGAGGACAAGGUCUCCCAGAAAUGAAAAUUCUGAUGUCAUUUACUCUACUUAAAAAGGGAUGUUUAGUGGAAUGUCCAAGCUGCUCUGUUUCAAACAAAGUCUGUCGAAGAAAAGGGCUGAAGAGUCUUCUAGACUUGAUGUACAGUAAGUUUGUGUGGGAUAUAAGGAUAUUUAAGUAAUUCCCUAGCAUCAUCUCUGUUUGCGUUCAGUUCAAAUACAAGUGGUGUGCUGCAGUCAAGUCAUGAGAAAUGCAGCAACCAUUGACAUUCGGACCAUAAAAACAUCAGACCAAGUAUGAGUAUGUACAAUUGUAAAUGAGAUUACAGUGAGGUGCUAUUAGAUAACAUUAGUAUUAGUUGUCCUCAGGAUGUCAGUCCUGAUCAUCUCAUUAUAAUUAAUGAAGCUGCUUUCAUCUUACUUUCAUCUUGUUGUUUAUGAUGAGAAAAUUCACGAGUGUGAAAAAUUUAGUCAGCAAACAUUCGACAAAAUGUCAGUGUUUUAAAUAGUGUUCAAUUUAAAGUCCCUGCAUUCUUAUUGGCUGUUUUGUUUCAUCUAAAAACAAAUGCUGCUAAUUGAUACUUCUCAUUCAUUUUCACAGGCAACUUCCAAUUUCGACGGCCAUAAUAAUUUAGUUUAGUUUUAUUCCACUUUUGUUUUGAACUUGUGCAAGUUUUGUCUUUUUUUGUGGCAGAUCGACCCCUGUUAUAUUCUGACCCUGUUCCUCAUGAUUUACUUUGCCAAACUACGAUCGCUUUGUGUGAUCUGCCAAAUUAGUGAUUUCCAGUUCAAUGUGAAUUAUUGACAAAAAACUAUUUGCACACAAUUAAUCAGAGCAUCUAUAAUUGCAGUAUUUCUUAACAUUAGCUCAUUUUAUCACAAAUCUUGCAUUGUUACAAUAUUUAGAGCCAUGUUAAAAUGGGGCCCAUUUCAGUAAGGAGGUACCGACUCUAGGUUUACACUUGAACACAGAGUUGACUUACUCUGAGAUGGGAAACUCAGUCUUUUCAGUUUCAGAUCAGCUGAAGUUAGUUCAAUCAACUCCGAGAUUGGAGCUUCUCUACUUGACAAAGUUAAAACACAUGACAAAUAGUCUGUUUUUUGAUUUGCAUUAAGAUUAUUUUUAAUUCCUCAAGGAUAGAUAAUUUUACUUAAGCAAAAUGCAUUUAAUUUAAUUGCCCUCAGCAAAUAAAAAUAAAGCAGGUCGCACACCAGAAGUGCCGCUCGGCAACACGCCGCGUAGGGCCACGCACCGCCAGGCAUUUUAGAAUUCUAAACAUAGGUUUCUAUCAGGGUACACACACCGGUGCCACAAGUCGGCGGCUGUUGGCGGUGCCACCAAUUUACCAGGCACAUGUUAGACUUGUCGUUUUCAAGGACUCAUUUUCAGAUAUUAUCGCAAACUUAACCACAUUUAUGCAGACACUGCAACAGUGGCAUUUUCAAAAACUUCUACUUUUAAAACGGAUAAAUCUCAAAAUGGGUUACAAAGACUUGUUUUCGGGUGUUUACGCAGACACGACAACAGUGGCAUUUUCAGAUUUGUGUGUUUUCAAAGACUCCUUUUCAGGUAUUUAUGUGAACAUGACUAUGGUCGUGUUAUUCAAAAAUGCCUUCUUUUUAACCCGUUUUCACAUUCAUUUGAUAUCAAAGACUCCUUUUCGAGUGUUUAUGCAAACACGACAAUGGUGAUAUUUAAAACAAAAAACUUCUACUUUGUAACCAUUUCAGAUUGAUGUUUUUCAAGGACUUGUUUUCGGGUGUUUAUGCGGACAACAGUGACAUUUUUAAAAAUGUUCUACUCUGUAAUUAUUUUCAGAUUUGUGUUUGCAAAGACUCGUUUUUGGGUGUUUACGGGGACAUAAAACGGCGGCAUUUUCAAAAACUAAGAUUAAUGCGUUUUCAAACAAUCAUACUUUCGGGUGUUUAUGUGGACAUGACAACGGUGGCAUUUUCAAAACUUCUACUUUGUAACUCGUUUUCAGAUUUAUUUGUUUUCAAAGACUCUCGCUUUCAUGUUUACACAAACACAACAAUGUUGACGUUUCAAAAACUACCUUGUAACUAUUUUCAGAUUUGUGUAUUCAAAGACUCGUUUUUGGGUGUCUACGUAGACACGACAAAAGUGGCGUUUUUAAAAGCUUCUACUUUGUAACCCGUUUUCAGAUUUAUGUGUUUUCAAAGACUUUUGUUUUGGGGUUUUUAUGUGGACACGACAAUGGUUACAUCUUCAAAAAUGUCUACUUAAUAACCGUUUUCAAAUUUAUGUGUUUUCAGUCCCAAAAACAAAAUUGGCCUGUGAACAAAAAGACAUAUUGGAUGAAAACAUUGACUUGUUAAACAGCCCCUAAAUAUCUAAUAUAAUUUUCAUAUAAAGUAAUACCGUCUUGAUGUAAGUGCUGUGCUUUUUCUUCAUAUUUGUACUUGAAAUACGAUAAAAUAUCUAAAAAGUUUUUUGCGACAUGCAUGAUGGAAUGUAGUACUUAAACAUUGCUUGCCCAUUUGAAAGGGAGAGAAGACUGAGAGAAGCUCUUAGUUUACCAAAGAAAGCCUGCUUCUGACCAGUUAACCUACCUUGGUAACUGACUAUGAACUGAAUAUGAGUUACCUCCCUAGUUUUAGAAAUGGGUUUGACUUACUCUGCUUUCUUAAAUUUGACACGUCCCAUUCUGAAACACAAAAACUAGAGUUUCCCUCAUUUCAGUGUUAACAUACUCAAGAGUUUUCACUUUACCUUCUUUCUGAAAUCCCCUGAUCACACUAAUAAUUGUAACAAUAAUGAUAAAGAUUGUAUUAAAAGUCAUUCAUUUUACAAUAAUUGUCCACAUACCACUAUAACGGUACAGAGGAACAAUGUUGGAAACCAUUUCGGCUUCUUUAAAACACAGAAACCACCAUACUUCAGAAUCAUUGCCAAACCGAAGUUCCCAAAACUAGCUACUUUAAAGGCCUUUUUGCGUUGAAAGGUACAAUAAAUUGACAUUUUUUAUUUUACUUCAAUGAUUGUUGGCGCGUUUAAUUAAUGUGGUCGUUCCAUUGUGUGAAAGGAAUGCAGCUUAAAUAUAAUAUCCCCCCCAAAAAAAGUCAUAUAUGUGUCGUGGAUAUCUCAGAAAGACUUUAAAGUGAGUAAAUUUGACCAGAAUUUUCAUUUUGGGAUGAACCUUUCCAUAAUUAUGGACUUGAGUGCUUGAACUGAUUGUGGAUUGAAAGUAACCUCUAAUAAUGUGGUUGAUCUGCACCCUGUUUCUUUCAUGAGAAUGCUUGUCUCUCUUUUUUUUGGUCAUGUUUCAGCUUUAAGUGGAGGACACUCGAUUCGUCAUGUUUGAUAGCAUGUAUGCAGGUCUCUGAGGCUGCUGUCAUCUUGCCUUGUAUCAUAGAGCUUAAAGCCUUACAAUGAUGUAGUGCCAAUGCACAGAUUGGCAAGCAGUUCUAGAACGCCACACGUACCUUUUUCAUACAUCACUUGGGUCUGGAUGUAGACACCGGGCAGUAAGGAGGCUUCUCUACCUUCUGGUGUGUAAUAAACUCCACGAGAUCUCCUGUACAUUGUCUUCUAUGCAGAGGAGGGAGACGGUUGUCUGUCGGCUCCUCACACACACAUCGUCGCACUACAGUCAAUUGUCCACGGUUUGCAUGAGCAUAGACUGUGGCCGCUUUUGAGCCAUUUUGACUUGUAAAUAAAAUAGUUUUACAA